GCUGAAGAGUAACAAAUCUCGUAGUCAUAGCCCCUCGUAGUCGUAGGGGCUCCUCCUCCUACUCUCUCAUUUCUCGCCCACCUAUAUAAAUAAAACCUUUCAUUUUCCAUUCAAUUAUUAUCACCACCACCAUCUCUUCGAUCACGCCACGGCACCGCCACCGCCACCAAGAGCGUUUCCUUUCUUUUCUUUUUUCACAACUUCAUACCUAUUAAAACAACCCCAUACCAACAAAUCCUCAGAAGAUUGGAUCUUUUACCCCCAAAAAAACCACCUUAAAAAACCCUAAUUCUCCCUCAAAACCCACAAAAAAAAAAAUCUUUCUCAAAAUCCAAAAUUGGAUCAGACCCAUUUCAAUUCUCCCAACAAGAACCUUAAAAGCACCAAAAUCAAGAAAAAAAGAGAUAUCUUUUUUUAUAUAUAGUUGAUGGGCACAAUCAGGUUUUCUAGCAGAUACCUCUCAGCAGGACCGGCCUCAUUAAAUCCUUCAUCGUCAAUUCCAACAACAACAUCGACUUCUAUAACGGAAACCGUAAAUGGGUCUCAUGAAUUCAAGGUCGAUGGCUAUUCGCUAUCAAAAGGCAUGGGGAUAGGCAAAUACGUAGCAUCGGACACUUUUUACAUCGGUGGCUAUGCAUGGGCUAUAUAUUUUUACCCAGAUGGUAAAAGUUCUGAAGAUAAUGCCUCUUAUGUCUCGUUAUUCAUCGCUCUUGCUAGCGAGGGGACUGAUGUUAGGGCUUUGUUUGAAUUGACGUUGAUGGAUCAAAGUGGGAAAGAAAGGCAUAAGGUUCAUAGCCAUUUUGGAAGAGCCCUUGAGAGUGGUCCUUAUACGCUUAAGUAUCGCGGCAGUAUGUGGGGUUAUAAACGAUUUUACAAAAGGACUCAAUUAGAGACUUCAGACUUUCUUAAAGAUGAUACUCUAUUAAUUCGCUGUUGUGUUGGUGUUGUUAAGUCCCACACUGAGGGACCAAAGACCUACACCAUUGCUGUGCCCCCUUCCAAUAUCGGUCAGCAUUUUGGAAAGCUUUUAGACAGUGGAAAGGGAACAGAUGUAAAUUUUGAAGUUGAUGGAGAAAUCUGUGCUUCACACAAGAUAGUUCUGGCAGCACGCUCGCCAGUGUUUAGAGCACAGCUUUUUGGUCCAAUGAAGGAUCAAAACACCCAAUGCAUCAAAGUUGAAGACAUGGAAGCUCCUGUUUUUAAGGCAUUAAUCCAUUUUAUAUACUGGGAUGCCUUACCAGACAUGGAGGAGCUUGUUGGUUUGAACUCAAAAUGGGCUUCCACACUGAUGGCUCAGCAUCUGCUUGCAGCAGCAGAUCGCUAUGCACUUGAGAGGCUCAGAUUGCUUUGUGAGGCUAAACUUUGCGAAGAUGUUGCCAUAAACACUGUUGCAACAACACUAGCUCUAGCGGAGCAGCAUCAAUGCAUCCAACUAAAGUCUGUUUGUCUCAAAUUCAUUGCUUUGCCUGAAAAUUUGAAAGCUGUGAUGCAGACGGAUGGAUUUGAAUACUUGAAAGAAAGUUGCCCUUCUGUCAUCACGGAACUACUGCAAUAUGUUGCCAAAAAUGGUGAGCAUUCUGUCAUCGCUUGUACACAUGGAAAUGAUAACGUAGAUAGCGAUAUGAAUGGAAGGCGAGUGAAGCAAAGGAUUCAUUGAUAUGGGAACAACAGAUGCCUCAUCCUCUGGACAAUAAUCAGAGCUUGCUAGGCUUUAGACAUUUUUGUGAUUGUACUGACAGUUCACUGUAAGAAAAGUUUAAUAUCAGUGGUUCAUUUGUUGGUCAAGUGUUUUCUAGUACGUUGGCUAGUUUGUUCAAUAAUUCUGCAAACUUCAUUUUCUUGUUCUGGAAUCCGUAUGUUCUUGCCUGUCAAGUUGUACAUGCAUCAUACCAACCAGAUCAUUUUCUCUUCCUC